AUGGCGAUUCACGGCCGCAAAGCGGUGCAGCUGCUGCAGGACCUGAAGCGAGCGAGAUGGCUGCCACCCUUCAAUGACAAGGUUGUGAAAGAGGUUGUAAAAGAGAUCAUGAGCGAUCACAAGGAGAUCCAGCGCAUGCUUGCAGAGGAGUCUGAAGAGACCUUGGAAAAUGAAGUUCUAAUGGGGCUGUACUAUCUGGACGAUCUCAUAGCUAGAAAUGUGCGCUGCCUUUUAGCCUACCUGAACGCGCGCCUCGAAAUUGUUGAGCAGCUGCGAUGGGAGGUAGGCCGGCUGGUGCCAGAUGAGAAACUGGAAAAACUUCAUGAGGCAGAGAGACAGUACUUCAACCGUUACAAUGACAUCCUGGACAAGUUCAUGAAGCGAUACGUUCACAACUGCAGUCAUCCGCUGAAUCUGACUGCAUAUGCAGAGGCCCCGGAGGAUGUGAACAUUCAGGUCCGAGUGCUGCGAGACGACCCGCAGCUGGAUGGCAUUGUGAGCAAUGAUAGCGGGCUGCUGCGUCUACGUGGUGGAUGCCAAAUGAUGGUGAAAAAAAGCGAUGUGGAGCUCCUCUUGCGCGCUGGCAAGGUGGAGCAGGUUGACACCUGCCGUGCUGAUGUGGCGACAGUGGAGCAGGCAUCCAUACAGAGAGCCAAAGCCUCUCGACGUUUGAGGGCAGCCUUGCUCCGAAAUGGGGUCGUACCUCGGAGUUCAACGCGGUCACCAACACGCUGGGGAUCUCCACCGCCGUGUAAGACCAGCGAGGCCUCCGUUCCGGCGGUCUUUCCCUUUCCAGAGCCUAUUCCACAAGAGAUACCGCCAAGGCCGGAGAUUCCGCUGAUCUGGGGCCUCCGGCGAUUUGAACAGCCUGCGCCGAUCGACUCAAAGCCGUGCGGCUUCGUCUUUGUCGGCCCGCACCUCUCCCACUCCAGGCUGCCCUUUGUCCUAGGUCUUAAGGGUUACAGCAAAGCCCAGAUCAAUUUGUGGGUGACGAGCGUCUUGGGUCCCCAAUCCCCAGUGCACCUUCAGCGCCCACGUCACGACCCAGCUCGCGCAACAAUGCUGGCAGCCCAGCUGCGCCGUGAGACUCCUUCUGGGGCUGUGAUGGGCCCCAGUGCAGCAGAGUUGGGUGAAGUCCGCCUCAACACGAAACCUUCUCCGGAGCCUGAAGGCGCCACUUGCCGCGUGGCGCUGUGUACCUGGAUGAUGGUUGCAGCUGGUCGACUUCGAAUUCUGGUUCCAGUGCGUCAUGUACAGGAAGUUUCAGCUCUUGCGCUAGACAAACCACGGAGAGUAACUGCAACAUGUGGGCAGGCUGUAGCUGGGGGACCUCGUCUGGCUCUGGCUCAACGGGAGGCACAGGAAUCUCCCAAACAUUUUGCUUUGCAAAGAUUGACGGGUCAUAUUGCAAUGGCGACACUGCGUUUACUUGCAGCGACGGACAAAUCACCGGAUCACAAUAUUGUUCCUCAGGAAAUUGCCAAGAAACUGCACUGCAGGCCGCUGUCGCGAUGA